AAGGAAGAGAGAGAGGCGCGAGCGGAGAGCGCCGGCCGAUCCGGAUUGAAACCCAGACCCAGUCCGGACGCGCGGCGCGGAGGAAGGAGGAGCGGGCGGACGGAAGCCGCGGUGCACUCCAAGUUUUGAUAGCGCUCGGAGGAGAGGGCUGCCGUCCGAUUGUUUUUGUGCCUUUUUUUUUUCUCCCCCUUAAAGAAGAGAGACUUUUUUUUUUCCCUCCCACCCCUCCCUCCUCCUCCUCCUCCUCCUCCACCUCCUCCUCCUCCUCCUCCUACCCCCCCCCACCUCGGCUUCCCGGCGGCUCCCCCGUUCCCCAGCCGAGUGGAGCGCAGACUGCAGACGCGGGCCGCAGAGCCACCAAAAUAAGGGGGCGUUGGGGGCGGGAAAAGAGAAGAAAAGGUAAAAAAAAAAAAAAGAAAAGAAAAGGAGGCGUCCUAGGAGAACCGUUCGCCUUGGCAACAAAGAAGGAGAGAGAUUUCCCCCCUCGAGCGCGCGGGGCUGCUGCGGUGCCAAUUUCCAGCUCACCGGGCCCGGGGCUGCAGCGCGGGCGGAGACCCCGCAGCCCUCUCGCCUCGGAAAGCGACUUCCAGGAGCGGCUUUUUAAAACAAAACAAAACAAAAAAAUCGCCAGGAGCCGGGACCGUCCCUCCCCCUGCAGCGACGAUGUCUCUGAUUUUCUCGCCUCGCUCUCUUUAAAAGCACCGUGCCCGUCCCCCCAAGACACUUCUUGCUCCCACCCUCCCUCCCUCGGGGGUGCUCCCGUGCUGACUUAUUUAAAUUUUUUUCCUUUUUCUUGAAAAAAAAAUGUGCGGCUGCUAAAAAAAAAAAAAGAGGAAGGAAGGAAAGACAGAAAGACAAGAGAAGGAAAAAUAAACACCAAAGCAAAAACAAAAGCAAACCAAGCGAACGGCAGCUGCGGACUUGUCCCCGGCUGGAGCCCCGCGCCCCGCCGGCGGUGCAUGAGCCUCUCCAUGAGAGAUCCGGUUAUUCCUGGGACAAGCAUGGCCUACCACCCGUUCCUACCUCACCGGGCCCCGGACUUUGCCAUGAGCGCGGUGCUCGGCCACCAGCCUCCCUUCUUCCCCGCGCUCGCCCUGCCGCCCAACGGCGCCGCGGCGCUGUCGCUGCCGGGGGCCUUGGCCAAGCCCAUCAUGGAUCAGUUGGUGGGCGCCGCGGAGAGCGGGAUGCCCUUCUCCUCGCUGGGGCCCCAAGCGCAUCUGCGGCCUCUCAAGACCAUGGAGCCCGAGGAGGAGGUGGAAGAUGACCCCAAAGUGCACCUGGAGGCCAAGGAACUUUGGGACCAGUUUCACAAACGGGGAACAGAGAUGGUGAUCACCAAGUCGGGAAGGCGAAUGUUUCCGCCGUUUAAAGUAAGGUGUUCUGGGCUUGAUAAAAAAGCCAAGUAUAUUCUGUUGAUGGACAUUAUAGCUGCCGAUGACUGUCGAUAUAAAUUUCACAAUUCUCGGUGGAUGGUGGCGGGUAAGGCUGAUCCCGAAAUGCCAAAGAGAAUGUAUAUUCACCCCGACAGCCCGGCUACUGGGGAACAGUGGAUGUCUAAAGUUGUCACUUUCCACAAACUGAAACUCACCAACAACAUUUCGGACAAACAUGGAUUUACUUUGGCCUUCCCAAGCGAUCACGCAACGUGGCAGGGGAAUUAUAGUUUUGGUACUCAGACGAUCUUGAACUCGAUGCACAAAUACCAGCCCCGUUUCCACAUUGUCAGAGCCAAUGACAUCUUGAAACUCCCUUAUAGCACAUUUCGGACCUACUUGUUCCCGGAAACAGAGUUCAUCGCUGUGACCGCCUACCAGAACGACAAGAUAACUCAGUUAAAAAUAGACAACAACCCGUUUGCAAAAGGUUUCCGGGACACUGGAAACGGCAGGAGAGAGAAAAGGAAGCAGCUGACCCUGCAGUCCAUGCGUGUGUUUGAGGACAGACACAAGAAGGAGAACGGCACCUCGGAUGAGUCUUCGAGCGAGCAGGCCUCCUUCGGCUGCUUCGCCCACUCCUCGUCUCCUGCCGUGUCCACUGUGGGCACGUCCAACCUCAAAGAUCUGUGUGCCAGCGAGGGCGAGAGCGACCCCGAGGCCGACAGCAAGGAGGAGCCGGGCCCCGAGGCGUGCGACGCGGCCAAGAUCUCCACCACCACGUCGGAGGAGCCGGGCCGCGACAAGGGCAGCCCCGUGCGCAAGGCGCACCUCUUCGCGGGCGCCGAGGUUGGCGGCCGCGCCCGGGACGCCGCGGGGCGGCUGGACAAGGCGUCGCCCGACUCGCGCCACAGCCCGGCCACCAUCUCGUCCAGCAUCUCGUCCAGCACCCGCGGCCUGGGCGCCGACGAGCGCCGCAGCCCGGCCGCGCCGGCCAAGGCCGAGGAGCCGCGCGCGCUGCCCGCCAAGGAGAUCUUCGCGCCGCUGUCAGCGCCCACGGACGCGGCCGCCGCGCACCUGGGCCAGAGCGCGCUGCCCGGCCUGGGCUUCGCCCCCGGCCUGGCCGGCCAGCAGUUCUUCAACGGCCACCCGCUCUUCCUGCACCCCGGCCAGUUCGCCAUGGGGGGCGCCUUCUCCAGCAUGGCCGCGGGCAUGGGCCCCCUGCUGGCCACCGUGUCCGGCGCGUCCACCGGCGGCGUCUCGGGCCUGGAUUCCUCGGCCAUGGCCUCGGGGGCGUCCGCGGCCACCCUGCCCUUCCACCUCCAGCAGCACGUCCUGGCCUCGCAGGGCCUGGCCAUGUCGCCCUUCGGAAGCCUGUUCCCGUACCCCUACACCUACAUGGCCGCGGCCGCCGCCGCCUCGUCCGCCGCCGCGUCCAGCCCGGUGCACCGGCACCCGUUCCUCAACCUGAACAGCAUGCGCCCGCGGCUGCGGUACAGCCCCUACUCCCUCCCGCUGCCCGUGCCCGACGGCGGCGGCCUGCUGACCAUGGCGGCCGCCGCGGGCCCCCUGGACGCCAAGGCCGCCGCCGCCGCCGCCCUGGCCGCCAGCCCGGCCGCGGUGGCCGUGGAGUCGGGCUCGGACCUCAACAGCCGCGCCUCCGCGCUGUCGUCCGGCUCCGCCGUGUCCUUGUCGCCCAAGCUCGGCCCCGACAAGGAGGCGGCCACGAGCGAGCUGCAGAGCAUCCAGAGGUUGGUCAGCGGCCUGGAGGCCAAGCCCGACCGCGCCCGCAGCGCGACCCCGUAGGGCCCCGCCUGGCCUGGGGACACGGCUCUCCAUUCCAGCCCAGUCUGCAGUGCACUUUGUCACCUCCCCACCAGCGGCCGGCC